AUGGAUAAAUGUUGGUAAAUAAUGAAAUGUGAAAAUGUGAAUUUACGAAUAUUAUAUAUAUAUAUGUAUCAUUAUGUAAAGAUUUCAUAUAUGUGUUGCAACAUUAAUAAUAAAUUACAACAGGGGUUUGAGGGAGGUCGCAGCUCAAAGGCAGAUGAGGUGGGAACCUGGGAAAUCAUGGGAGAGUCAGAGCAACACCCAGCUGAAACGUUGUCAUUAAAAAGAAUUCCAGACCCUCCAUCUCCCAGAACCCGGCGAGCCUUAAAAGUAGGAGAGCAAAGAGAUCAAAGACAGAGGGCACAUAGCAGCACCCGCAGAGGAGACAAUGAGAAUGAGGAAUGAGGAAGUGGGAGAGAUGGGGGUGGAGAUUCACUCGGGACAACGCCAUUAUCCAAUAGACUGGGUUCUGUAGCCUCUCUCUGUAAAGACUGAAAUAAAAAAGGACGGUAAGGAACUUUCCCUUGUCUUUAUACUUUCCUGGGCAACAAGCUGGGAGCUGCUGACAGCAUCCUGACAAGAACAGGUUUAGAGGGUGCGCUGUAAGAGGAAAGACCCAUUGUGUGAGCAGAUCUCAUUCCUUGCAUGUGUACCGCUAAAUGGAAAUAGCGACACUGUGCUGCUAAAAAGCACCGUGAAAGAAGCUUAAAAUUGUCGUGUUGCCUGACUUAUGGACUUUAAAGUAAUCAAGGCAAGCAUCAGAGUGGCAAAAUUGCAAGUGCCUUGGACGCAUUAUGUUUUUUCUUUCCAUGAGACAAGGUUGACUGUAUCCAAAUCCUAACUGCUGAUGGAUUGCCCCCCACCUCCCACAAUGGUGCUGGGACUGUUUCGCUGUACAAUCAGCAGCAGGAGAAUGUUGUUGUGAUCCUAUUCUCUUAGGGAGUUUGCACGGGUCUUUGGUUGGCCACUGCAGGGAAGCAAGAUGGUAGGCAAGAGAGGCCAAGGGUGGGGAAAUUCAGCCCUCCAAGUUUCUCUACCCAGCCCCCAGGAUUCUCCCCCAAGCCACACACCUCUUCUCCCAUGGCCCCCCUCUCACCAGCCCUGCUUCACACCCUCCUCGAGUAUAUCUGCCUGGUUGGAAUAUGCCCUGGCACUCUGACGGUGCCUUUUGCUUGUCUGGAUGGAAGCUGGAAAUGGGGUGUGGAGCACAGGUAGAAAACAGCGUACAGUGGUACCUCAGGUUAAGUACUUAAUUUGUUCCGGAGGUCCGUUCUUAACCUGAAACUGUUCUUAACCUGAAGCACCACUUUAGCUAAUGGGGCCUCCUGCUGCUGCCGCGCCGCCGGAGCACAAUUUCUGUUCUCAUCCUGAAGCAAAGUUCUUAACCUUAAGCACUAUUUCUGGGUUAGCAGAGUCUGUAACCUGAAGCGUAUGUAACCCGAGGUACCACUGUAUUGCACAAUAGCAAAAUAUACAUUUGUUGUUCCAUCUACAGUGGUGCCUCGCAAGACGAAAUUAAUUCGUUCUGCGAGUUUUUUCGUCUUGCAAAUUUUUCGUCUUGCGAAGCAAUGCACCCUGGGUAUUAACGGUUUUAAGAAAAGGAAACAAACUUGCAAGACGUUUUCGUCUUGCGAAGCAAGCCCAUUGGGAAAUUCAUCUUGCGAAGCAACUCAAAAAACCAAAAACUCUUUCGUCUUGUGAGUUUUUCGUCUUGCGAGGCAUUCGUCUUGCGAGGUACCACUGUACUUCUGCCUCUGGCCCCACCCACCACUGGCAUGUAGCCCAUAAAUGAAACGUGGCCCUUGGACUGAAAAAGAUUCCCCAACCCCGAGAGAGACCUUUUGUUUGAUCCAGCUGCGCUCUUCUCACAUUCCUAACCAAAGCAGGGAGCUGGACCCAAGGGUCCUGCUGAAAUACAGCAGACCGAAGGAGCUGUUCUUUUGAACAGGCAAGGGAAAGAAGACCCUGGUCUAUUUAUAGACCAAGUCUGACCAAUCCAGAGGCUCCAUCCUGUGCCAAAAAAUGUCUCUGAGACCUGUGCACAUGCAGCCCUCAGUAGCUAAUGGGGCUAAGUUGCAGCUAUAGGUGAAUGUAGUUCUUGGACUCACCUUUUUUUGGAUUACGAUUUUUGGGGUUGUGAUAAGAUCAGCUCUGUAUUUAAGGAUUUGCCAAAGGGAGGAGGGGAGAGGGACUCUUUAAUCCAUCAAAUAGACGCAAGAGAUCAACCAAAUAAAGGAAAAUGGUGGGUUCUUUGUCAGUCCUUCACACAAAACCCAAGCCAAGAAAGAAAACCCUUCAGAGCUGAUGUACAGAAUGGACUCUCUUAUCUACAUAUAGCUUAGCUUAUCCUGACUCAGCUGUGGAGCCUAUUGGACAAUCACCCAGAAGAUCCCAUGACUCCUACUCCCACCGCUCACAACGGGUGCAAUAUUGAAGAAUGGUGGGGAUCGGUGCAUCCAUUUCUCAGCAGCGUAGCUCUGCUGGCAGUGGGAAGCAGAAGCAGGUCAUGUUCUAGAAGCCCAGUUGCUGUGACGUCACAGGAAACCCAUCAGAUUCCAGAAGCACCUGCCCCUUGGGAAGUCUGCCUCCAAUUGCAGAGGGACCCAAGUGAUUCUCUCACUUACGCAGGGCUUGUUCAGUAAGUGGCUUUCUGGAAGGGUGGGAGAAGAGCCAGGCUGGGUGUGGAGUCAUGAUGUGUAGACCUCAGCCACAGCUUUGAGAUGGACAUGUGUUCUCAUGGGAUAAACAGAGUGGAACAGGUGCAUGAGGCUCGAUUCUUGAGUUCUAGCUGGUCUACAAGGGAAGUGGGGACUCGUGUUUUCAUUUGCAUGUCUCUGAUGGGGUGGAAUGUGUAUUUGUGGAGGGCUUCUCUUUCAAAUCCUACAAGGAAAGUUGAUUCUGCUACAAACUCUUAGUCUAAGGUUACCAGACAUCCCCGUUUCCUGGGGACAGUCCCCAGAUUUACAGAUCAGUCCCCAUACAAAAUCCAUUGAAGUUGAAAUGUGUCCCCAGAUUCAUUGAAAAAAAUCUGGUAACCUUAUCUUAGUCAGCUGAGGCACACUUACUGUGUGUAGAGGGGGAGCAGACAAUCUUCACUUUAGGAAUACUCUUGAAAGAUAGCCAUCAGGGCAUAGUCGAAGGACUGGAGAAUUUUGGACAGCUGUGCCAGAGAGUUUUCUUCAUUGAUCUUACAUUUGUAUCCAGCUUUUAUUUCAACAUGGAACCCAAGAUUCCCCGAUGGUUCCCCAUCCAGACAGUGACCAAACACAGACCUACUUAGCUUAGCCAGGUGCCAAGUCUUAUUGUGUGCGUUAAGACCACAUACCCUGGGACCAACAUUUCGUUGCGUUUCACAAAGUUAGUCAACACUACGGCCAAGACAGGGAGUGUGGCUAAGACAAAGCCUACAAGCUCACUCUUCUGGGAUGAUCCUACAGUGAUGCUGGACUCCAGCUCCCAUUGUUCUCGAUGCUGGCUGGAGCUGAUGGGAGUUGGAGUCCAGUUGUAUCUGGAGGACCACAGUUCCCCAUGUAAAGAGGAAGUAUCAGAUACAGUGGUGCCCCGCAAGACGAAUGCCUCGCAAGACGGAAAAACCGCUAGACGAAAGGGUUUUCCGUUUUGAAGUUGCUUCGCAGGACGAAUUCCCCUAUGGGCUUGCUUCGCAAGACGAAAAUACCUUACGAGUCUUGAGAUUUUUUUCGCUUUUCCCCCUUAAUCUAAUCUGCUAAGCCUUUAAUAGCCUUUAAUAGCCUUUUAGCAGCUAAUCCCUAAGCCUUUAAGCCUUUAAUAGCCGCUAAACCGCUAAUAGCGCUAAUAGCGCUAAUCCGUCAAUGGGCUUGCUUCGCAAGACAAAAAAACCGCUAGACGAAGACUCUCGUGGAACGGAUUAAUUUCGUCUUGCGAGGCACCACUGUAUAAACAUAAUCAUACAUGUAGUCUUCAACAUCCAAAAAGCUUUAAAUAUUCAUUUCCAGAAGUGUGAGCUGAUGAAUUGUUUUGUCUGAGGGCUCAAGUAUUGCACGGUCUGAAUGAGGUCAGGUGGUGUGCAUGGAAGUGUUCACACACCAGGAAUAAGUGGUGAGCUUUCUCCCGAUUCCUCAAAUGUAAAGACAAAUCACAGUGGCCUAGUCGCUUGCUAACUGAACCCUUUCACCACAAGGGGCCUCAUGGUGGUUUUCUCUUUCUCCAUAGGCUGCCUUGGAGUCCCAUGCCCCACCUGUCGUUCCUCGGGGAUCAUGUCCUUCCCAACACUUUUUUUAGGGAAGAAGCUUCUUUUGCUGCUGCCUCUCCUCAUGUGCUUUACAUCCAGAGUUGGGGGAAAGAUCUUCGGACGCUGUGAGCUGGCCCACUUAUUGAAGGUGUCUGGCUUGGAAGGUUACCGUGGAUACAGUCUAGCUGACUGUGAGUGCUUCUCUCCAUCUCUUCCCUCCGUCCCUCUCACCUGAACUGAGGUCAGCCCUCAUGUAUGGGGGGCAGGAUCUCCUGGCCCUCCUGUUCAGGACCUGGGUAUUGGGGUGGGGUGGUUGUAAUAAUCAGGGCUGCAUAUUCUACAGCAGAGCUUUCCAAACUUUUCCUGUUGGUGGCACACUUUUUAGACAUGCAUCAUUUUGCGACACAGUAAUUGAGUUUUACUAGCAAACCAGAAGUUAAACUAACCCCUUUCCAGUCCCACGAGGAGCACAGGGAGCGUUCAUGCAACAGACCUACACACUGCAGAUGACACACUAAUGUGUCACAACGCACAGUUUGGAAAGCUCUGUUCUACAAGCAUGUGCAAGGGCAGUAAAAAAAAGUGUCACAUGAAAUUUAGUGGUGAGAAUGUGUGAGCUUUAAUCCCCAAAAGAAAAAGGCAUACUUCUAGCUCUCAUGACUGUGAAGAGAAAGACUUGGAAAUGUACGUUUAGUUAUUUAUUAUUUAUAUUUUAUGACAAUUUAUCUACUGCUUAAUUGCAGUCAUCCGUCCCUAAGCGGUGUAUGGGAAACUGAAGACACUGAAAAUGAACAUUGGUUCAAAUUAUAAAAUCAGAAUUCAGUUAAAAUGACUGCUGGCAUAGCAAUUUUCAACAGGCUCUGGAAGUUCAAAAGGGAGGGACCUCAUCUGGAAAGUGGUUCCAUAAAAUUGGGUCCAAAAUGCUGAACGGACUCUGCCUUGGAAAUUUAAGGUGUGCAUCUUAGCCGGGGGGUGGGGUGGGGAGACUGCUACCAGUGUCUCCCCUGGAAACCUCAAGGCUUGGGCAGGAUAUAAAGAUUCAAGCGGUUCAAGGGGUAUCCUGGCCCAUGUUGUAAAUUGAGACAAACACCUGGAGCCUGGCCCAGGUGUGGGCAGCCAGUGCAAGCUUUCAAGCACUCAAGUUAUGUGCUGGUGUUGCUCUGUUCCCGUCAACAGUCUAGCUGCAGCCUUUUGCACCAGCGGCAGCCUGCAGGCCAGGCCCAAGCGUAGCCUUGCAUGGAACGCAUUGCAAUAACUGAGCCACCUUGCUGCAUGAAUCACUAUGAAGCAUGUGUGCCCUGCCUAGCUCCUUGUCCCUCCCGCAUGACUGACAGAAGCAAAUAAAUUAUGCAAAACAAGGACCUAUAUGUAAAUAUGCUUAAUUUGCAUAAUUUAUACAGGUGACCCAAACCCCAGCAUUUCCUGGAGCAGAAUUUGUGUUAAUCUUGGCGCAGAAUUCCUGGAUCCUUCUCCCUCUCCACCUUAUAGGGGUCUGCUUGGCCUUCUAUGAGAGCCACUUUGACACGGCAAUUGUGGACCACGAAGCUGACGGCAGCACCAGCAAUGGCAUCUUCCAGAUCAACAGCCACCUUUGGUGUGAAGAUUACAAACACUUCCAGCCGAACUUCUGCAAAAUGCAUUGCAGCGGUGAGCUCUGAAGUGGGUUGGCUUCAGUUCUACAUCCUGGCAUUAGAGGGCGCUGCUCAGCAGCCAUAUGGGACCAGGUUGCAGCAGAGUUCCCUGCGGGGACUACAGCAUCUGCUGCCGCCUUUGCUUGUAAGGUCCACUCAGUGGAGCCUGCAUCCUGCAUUUCUGCAUGAGCCACUGAUCUUGGACACACACCUUCUGAUUGGAAGAGGGCAAGCACAGGGACCUAGGAAGAGAGACACUGGCCUCCUCCUCCAAGGUGCUGCAAUUGAAAGAUCCAUGCCCAGACAAUGUGGCAACAAGGCAGAAUUACCUGUGCCCCAAGCCUGCUUCAUCAGAAGCUGGCCAAGCCAGACCCAGGUAUCACACAAAGAAGCAACAGGCAAACAUCCACGCAGGUGGGAGAUUUGAUUCCCUGCCGUCCUCUUAUAGAAGGAAUGAGGGACCCAUGGACCUUUGGACGUUGUUGGAAUACAAAUCCCAUGAGCCCCAGCCAGCCUGACCAAUGGCCAGGGCUGUUGGGAGUUGUAGCCCAGCAAAUUAUGGAGGGCUGUCCAUCUCAUGGCAUGUUUAUGUCCCCUGGCAGACAUUUUGGGGGUUUCUGUACUAGGGGGAUGUGCUGGUCUGCAGAGAUAUUCUCUUUCCAAUAGGAAGGCACAAGACUCAGGCUAAGGAGCUGGUUGGAGAGAGGCUCUGGAGGGAUGUUGUAACUCAUGGGUCACCUCUGCAGGCUUCUUCUCUGUUGCCUCAGCCCCUCAUGCUUUCUUUUCCUCUGUCCCCACAGAUCUGCUGACCAGUGACAUCAAGGAUGACAUCGUCUGUGCCAUGAGGAUAGCACAAGGACCAAGAGGCCUAGGAGCAUGGUAAGGGGAGCUCUCGGGAGUAGCGGGGUAAAAUCUAGUGACCACCACUAGGUCCUGCGCUUCUGCUGCAUGCUAAGCAAAACAGGAGAAUUUGUUAGCAAGACACUGUGGUGAUAUCCAGCCUUACUGUUAGCCCCCAUCCUCUGGACAACCAGCCAUCAGAAGGAUCUUGUCUCUUAAGAUGGAUGGUAAAUCAAUGUUGAAAAAAUCCAAAGAAAUCAAGCAACAGAAAUUAUUAUUAAAGUAUAGUGCAGAAUUGCAACAAUCUUUUUUAAAUAUAAUACAUAGCACUUAGAAACCACAAACACAUACCUGUACAAGGAUCUGAUGCACAGGAUAAUUUUAAAAAUAAUAAUGAACAAUUGCCCUGCAAAGCCACAAAAUCCCGAAAUAAAAAUCCCUCAUUAAGUCUGGUACACUUUUAAAUAACAGAGAUUUCAAAGUCCACAAAAUUCAGAUCUCAAUGCAGGUAUGAAAUUUACGGCAUGUAAUGCUCUAAGAGAAAACUUAAUGAAAAUGAUUUAUAGGUGGUACGUGACACCAGUCAAGCUUGCAAAAAUCUACCAUUUGCCCAAUAAUAAAUGUUGGAAAUGUAACGAGACUGAAGGCACAUUCUUUCACCUUUGGUGGACAUGCCCAAGGAUUAAGACAUUCUGGGAGAUGAUUUAUAACGAAAUGAAAAAGGUAUUCAAAUAUACCUUCCUGAAGAAACCAGAGGCCUUUCUCCUGGGCAUGGCCGGCCAAUUGGUGUCAAAGAAGGAUAGAACUUUCUUUAAGCAUGCAACAACAGCAGUGUUAUGUACUGAGUUGAAUAGGAUCCAAACUGCAGCAGUCUGAUUGGUCCUAGAACAAUGCAGCAGUAUGAUUGGUUGGCAGGAACCACCCAAUCAUGCUCCAGAUAUAAGUGAAUCCACAACCUGAUUGGCUUACAGUAGAAUUCCAGAAUUAGCCAAUCAUGUGCAGCCCAUUGUGUAAAUAAUGUAUAUAAAGCAGAUACUUAGAGGGGACUUUCAUUCAUUCCUCCUCACCACUAUGAGCUGAAUAAAGAGCAUGAAAUCACUUUGCGACUCUGAGUAUAUUUCAAGCAGCAAGGAUACUUAUCACAAAAUAUUGGAAGACACAAGAUUUACCCACCCGGGAAGAAUGGCAGAUGAAGUUGAUGGACUAUAUGGAAUUGGCGGAAAUGACUGGCAGAAUCCGAGACCAGGGAGAAGAGUUUGUGGAAGAAGAUUGGAAAAAAAUUAAAGAUUAUUUACAGAAAUACUGUAAAAUCAAUGAAUGUUAGAAAAAUGUUGGAAUGAAGUUACAUGGCUUUAGUAGAAAUGUUAUAAGGAAUUAAGUAUAAAUAGAUUAAUAGAGUAUUAAAGGAAAAAAUAAGGUUAGAAUGAGUCAAGAUAAUUAUAGGAUAGGAAACAGAGGAAGAUGGAAAGGAAUUGCUGAAAUAAUUAACAGAAGUGGAAAACAAAAAGGGAGGUGUGAGGAGGUCAUGGAAAUAAGUGAAUGAAAGAUGGGAUAAUGAAAUUGUUUGAUUUAUUUUAUUUUAUUGUUUUUUGUUUUUUGUUAGUUUAAUGUAUUGUAUUGUAUUGUCUUUUUUUAGUGUUUAAAUUUUUUGGAAAAGUAAUAAAUAUUAUUUUUUUAAAAACAAAAACAAAAUUCAGAUCUCAAAGUUAGCUGAUCGGGAGUCAUUGGGCUUGUUCUUACAAAAUCUUGUUUAUGGCAACUUCAGCAGACUAGAUUUGUUCAUUGAUUGAACAAAUGUAAUAACAGCCCCACAGUUCAGGGGUAAGGAAGCUGUGGCCCUACAGAUGUUGUAGGGCUGAUGCUCAUCACCCAGUGAAUUUCAUGGCUGAGUAGAGAUUUGGACCCUGGUCUCCCAUGUCCUAGUCAGGCACCCUGACUAUUACACCACACUGGCUGCCCAUGGUGGUGGACUCCAACCUCUAUCAGACCCCUGCCAGCUACCCCAGCCUAAAGAGUUUAUCACAGACUCAUAGAAGAUAGAAGCUGCCAUACUGAGUCAGAUCAUUGGCAUGUCCCUCUCAAUUGUGCCUAGACUGACUGGCAAUGGCUCUCCAAGGUUUCAGGUGGUCUUUCCCAGCCCUACCUGGAGAUGCUCCUGGGGACUGAACCUGGGACCUUCUGCAAAGCAAACCAGAUGCUCUACCAUGGAGCUACGGCCUGUAGAAGAAUCAUAUUGUAGGCCUGACAUUAUAGAUUCCUUGACCAUUCAGAUUCCAGUGGACCAUUAUGUCUCUGCAGCUGUGCAGAAGCUAGUUGUCUGGUUAUGGUGGCCCUUGCCAGUCUGAUGCCGUCCAGAUGUAUUGGAUUACAGUUCCCAUGAGCCCCAUCUGGGACAGGCAUACGACGCAGGGGCUGAUGGCAGUUGUAGUCCAAAUCAUCCGGUUGGUGAAGACGGAGUUAUGCUCAGGGCUUGGAAAGUUCAUUUUAAAAAGGACUUUGUUCCAAUUCACCCCUCCAGAAAGCAACUAACUCUGUUCCAGUUCACUUCACAGCUCAGUUCACAAUUCAUUCUUGUGGUUCUCAGCAUUUCCCCCUAGUCUUCAGAAUUUUAAAUUGCUAAAGUAUAAAAUCUGCUUAAGAAGACUAUGAAACAUUUUUUUUAAAUCCCCACCAUCCCCAGUAUAAUGUGAACACUUGUUUCAUUUCUUCUUUGCAACAAUCAUGAGCUUUAAUCUUAAACUGCAGCAUAGCCUCCAACAUUUAUCCGAUGAAAAUAGGGACGUCUCAUUCCAUAAGGAUAAUUUUACUAUUUAUACCCCACACAUCUUACUUGGGUUGCCCCAGCCACUCUGAGCAGAUUCCAAUAUAUAUAAAAACAUAAGAGAACAUUAAACAUUAACCAAAAAAACCCUUCCCUAUACAGGAUUACAUUUAGAUGGCUUGGGGGUUGGAUAACUCCAUACCCUCCAACAUUUCUCCAAUGAAAAUAGGGACAUCCUAAGGAAAAAUAGGGUAUUUCAGGAUCAUAUCAGAAACUGGGACAGCUUCUCUAAAUCAGGGGUAUCCCUGGAAAAUAGGGACACUUGUAGGGUCUGCAGCAGCAUCACUUUUCAGAUUGAAUUGAAUUAAAAAUUGUCCUCAUUUCCACCAUUUAGCUCACCUGGAAAUUAUAGGACCUACUCUCAAGUGUGAUCCAGAGGUUUUUGAAUUUAUUCAGUGCAUUAGUUAAUUUGAAUGAGUUUUUUCCAAGCACAGGUUAUACUCUUCCUGUCUGUUUCUUUGGGACUUGUACAGCAGAAGCUAUCCUGUAAAUUUACAUUCCAUAUUUAUUGAGUUUAUCAAUGAAUUUCUCUUUAAUGAGAUUCCCUUUCUUUCUCUCACUCAGGAUGGGUUGGAGGGAAAAUUGCGAAGGCCUUGAUUUGUCUGCCUGGUUGAAAGGAUGCAUUCUGUGAGAGAAUAACAAGGAGGACAGAAAGGCGGCUGUGGAAGGGCUGGGCGCCGGAUGUGUGGCUUGCGCCCUGGGACUACUGCCUUCCUGGAGCUAAAUAGUGCUGCAUGAAUAAACUCUUUUAAAGCUCUCGGCUGGGCCCUGCAGUGGGGAGAGUGAUUGUAACUUGGACAAUGAGAACCAAAUCUUGUGCUAUAAAAAUAUUUCUUCAGA